AUGAGUUCGGGUGAUGAAGAUGAUAAGUUCUUAUAUGGGUCUGAUGAAGAGACUACAAUAGCAAAUAAAAAGAGAACCAAAACAAAAGCGGACGGUGAUGUUGAAAGAAGAACAAAAGGUAAUGCGAUUAAAAAAUCAAAGACAGAUAGUGUCAGUAAAAGCGAUGAAUCUGAAAGCGCAUCUGAUUCGGAAUAUUCAGAUGAAGAGAGUGAUUCAGAUGUCGAGUUUAUUAUCAGUACUGGCACUAAUGAUGCAUCACUGUUGGAUUCAAAUCAAACAUCAGGAACAAUUACUGUAGCAAGCGAGACCGAUGUUAGUAAAGUUAAUGAAGCUGGAGAGAAAAAAACAGGUGAACUAGGUGCUGCAGAUGAGCAAGGUAGUUCUGAGGCUGCAGCAAGAAAAACAGAAACAUCUCUUCUGGAUAUUAAUGGCGAAGGUUUAUUUGAAGGUGAACCAAUAUCUAGUAUCAGUCCCGAAGUAUUAAAAGAAAAACCAUGGAGACAACCUGGUGCUAAUCUAAGUGAUUAUUUUAAUUACGGUUUUAAUGAAUAUACUUGGAUGGAAUAUUUGCAAAAGCAAGAAAAGCUAAAACAAGAAUACAAUCCUCAUAAAAUACUUAUGGGAUUGAUGGCAUUACAACAACAAGGUAAAUUAGCAGUACCACAGCAAAAACCUAUCGACCAGAGUUCUUCUACUAUUUCAAAUAAGUUACAAAACAACAACAGUAACAAUAUGAACAUGAAUAUGGGUAUGAACAUGAACAUGAACAUGAACAUGAACAUGGACAUGAAUAAAAUGCAAAACAAUCCUGGCCACCCACCUGUACCACCAUCCGGAUUUCCUAUGUUUGGCGGGUUUGCUCCAUUCCCAAUGCCACAUAUGUUACAACAGAUGCCAAAUGGGAAAUUUCCACCAAUCCCUGGUGCCCAACCAUCUCAACAACAAAAUACAGGUUCACCCCAACAGAAAUAG